UCCGAAUGGCCCCGGCGCGGAGCCGGUAACGGGAGUGUGUCGGCCAGAGAGCCAUGCCCAGUGCGAGCUCGGCAAGGGCGGUUGCCGAGUGAGAGCGGACGCGCGUGUCAGCCGCGGCAGGGACAGCGGGGCGCUGCUAGCGAUGCGGCCUUCGCCUGGCUCGCGACCCCGUCGGGCCCCGUGGAGGUGGCUCUGCGCCGCCGCCAAUCCGCUGGUCCUUCUGUUCCUCGUGCUGCCGCCGCCGCCGACUGUGGGCUCCCCUCAGGAGCGGCUCCGGCAGGCAUGCAAUACUUGCCGUGGCAUCACCGAGCGAUUCAGUAAGGGUCUAACAGAUACUGCAAAAAAGAAUUUUGGAGGUGGCAACACAGCUUGGGAGGAAAAAACACUCUCAAAAUAUGAGUCCAGUGAAAUUCGCCUAGUAGAGAUAAUAGAGAACCUGUGUGACAGUAGCAACUUUGAAUGCAACAACAUGGUUGAAGAACAUGAAGAGCGUAUAGAAACUUGGUGGUUCAAAUGGAAGAAGAAAUAUCCUGAUUUGUUUAAGUGGUUUUGUAUAGAAACUAUUGAAGUUUGCUGUCCUCCUGGAACACAUGGACCAGAUUGUCUGGCUUGCCGUGGGGGAUCGGAAAGGCCUUGCCAUGGUAAUGGCCAUUGUGAUGGAGAUGGCACCAGGGGUGGUGACGGAUCAUGCAGCUGUAAAAAAGAGUACAAAGGAGAAUUUUGCUUGGACUGCUCUGAUGGCUACUAUAGCUCCCACAGAAACGAUACACAUUCUGUCUGUACAGCUUGUCACGAUUCCUGUAAAACAUGCACCGGUGCAACUAAUACAGAUUGUAAGGAUUGUAAAGAAGGUUGGACCAAAAAUGAAGAAGCCUGUGUGGAUGUGGAUGAGUGUGCUGUAGAAGACUCUCCAUGCCGUUCUGACCAAUAUUGUUUAAACACAGAAGGCUCUUUUUCAUGCAAAGCAUGUGAUCGUAGCUGUUUGGGAUGCACAGGAGAAGGCUCCAGCAAAUGUAAAAGCUGCACAUCUGGCUAUGAAAUGAAAGAUGGAACAUGCACAGAUGUGGAUGAGUGUUCGCUGUCAGAAAAAGUGUGUGUAAGAGAAAAUGAAGACUGUCUUAAUACUCCUGGUAGUUACAGAUGUGCCUGCUCAGAGGGCUUUCAAGACCAGGAUGGAGUCUGUGUUCCCACACCCAAAGCAGAAGAAGAAACUCUAACAAAUUCAUCUUCGCCUGAUGUCCAUGAGGACUUAUGAUCUACAUUCCAAGAAAAGAGAUGUGGAUAUCUAACCCUUAAGUUAUUGGACUGAAGAGCCACUACAAGGGCAAGUUGCCAGUAUGACUCCCCUCAGGAAAAAGGAUGAUGGAUCGCCCUUAAAACUGCAUUCCUUUAUUAAAUAUAAACAGUUGCUACUUUUUUAUACUGCCAUUAAACUAUCUUAGUAGAACUGAUUGGAGACAGAAAAAUUACACCUUUUCAGUGGAUUUGAUUAAAUCCAACGAUGUAUUGCCCUCUCUAGCAUUAAUUAUACCUUGUGGAACAAUGAAAAAGGAAAAUGCAUUGGCAAACUAAAUGCCUUUAGAUGGAGAUGGCUUUUCAUUGACUAGAACAUAUCUUUUUGAUGCUGGCAAAAGGAGGAUUUGGUGUUGUUUUUUAAGUGUAAAUGAAAACUGAAUGCCAGGUAUGGCAUUCAAUAAAGAUUUAUUUUGGCUGCUUUGUA